AAUCUAGUUGACGCUGGUCCAGAGAUCUCGGAAUCUCGAACUCUCGAUCGUUCGUAGAGGAUAGGGAAAGGGUUAGGGAGAGCGGCGCUGACUUGCACUCACUUGUUUUUUUCUCUGGGAAUGGGGGAUGAACAGAGUACACGUCUCAUGCGAAUGCCCAAGGAGGGGGAGCGCAUCCUCGCCCCGACCCGGCGGCCUGACGGUACCCUUCGUAAACCUAUUCGUAUACGAGCCGGCUACACACCCCAGGAUGAAGUAGCGAUCUACCAGUCUAAGGGCACCCUUGUAAACAUGAGGAAAGCGGCUGAAUCGCUGGUCCCUCCCGGCUACGAUCCGGCGCUGGACGCAAAGCUGAAGACCAAGUCCGAGAAGAGGAACGAACGGAAGAAGGAGAAGAAACUCCGGGCGGCACUUGCUGAGGCAGAUAAGGGGAAGAACUUGGACUUGGACGAAGCUGUAGAUAGAAUAGCUGAUGAGGCUUCUGCAGCUUAUCAUGAUAGGCAAGCUGCUGUAGAAUCGGUUACUGCGGGGAUAACUAAUAUAUCUAUUUCCCUAUCAAAAGAAACAUUGGAUAGUUCAAAAUAUGAAGAUUGUUCAGGCACAGAUGUUGAUAAGAGAAUCCGUGCUUUAAAAAAGAAGAUUCGAUUGGCAGAAGGCCAACUAAAAGGAGACCAGCUAAACAUGAAGCCGGAGCAGAUCGAAAAACUGUCGAAAAUUGGAGCCUGGCAUGAGGAACUCAAAUUAUUGGAGGAAAAGAGAACUAAUCUGCCAACAUGAGAAACAUCUCUAAGCUUGGGUACUAAUUUUGCAGCUUCUGCUAGAUUCAAUUACUCAGUAGAUGUUGUUAUCUUAAUUUUUAUUAUCAUUUAACCCAUUUAUGGGAUACUUUAAUAACUUAAAUUAGAUGGCAAAUUUUCAUAAUGUAUUAGAACUACACUGAAGAAUAUAUGCUAAGUUAUGGUGUCCUUUGUA